AUGGCCAGGCUGCUGGCCAGGGCUUGCUGCCCCAGAUCUCUUCCUCAGGCUCUCAGAUGCCUCCCUGGGUUUGUGGCUGCCCGAGCCUGGACCCACGGGCCCCUCACUGUCUACAUGCCCGAAGCCAUCACCUUCCCCAGACUCAAGGACCACCAAGGCUUGUACAAGCUGUCAGUGGAGCAGGGGGACACCUUCUGGGGAGCACUAGGGAGGAGUCGGCUCACCUGGAUCACCCCCUUCCACUCUGUCCAGGACUGCGACCUGCGCCAGGGCAGGAUCUCCUGGUUCCUGGGCGGGCAGCUGAAUGUGGCAGUGAAUUGUCUGGACCGACAUGUCCAUGUAGCCCCAGACAAAGUGGCCUUAAUCUGGGAGAAGGAUGAACCAGGAGAGGAGGUGCGGGUCACAUACAGGGAACUGCUGGAGCUGACGUGCCGCCUGGGAAACACCUUGAAACGGCAAGGGGUGAAACGGGGUGACAGGGUGACAAUCUACAUGCCCCCAUGCCCACUGGCGGUGGCUAGCAUGCUGGCCUGUGCCCGCAUCGGUGCUGUGCAUGCUCUGGUGUUUGCUGGGUUCAGUGCAGAGUCCCUAGCAGACAGGAUCCGGGACGCCCAGUCGGAGACAGUGAUCACAGUGAACCAGGGGCUUAGAGGUGGCAAGGUUAUUGAGCUAAAGAAGACAGUGGACCAGGCUGUGAAGCAGUGCCCAGGAGUGAAACGGGUUCUGGUUUCCAUGAGGACUGACAGCAAGGUUCCCAUGACAGCCCUGGAUGUGCCACUGGAGGAGGAGAUGAUGAAGGAAGACGCGUGCUGUGAGCCUGCUGCCAUGGACAGUGAAGACAUGUUGUUCCUUCUCUACACAUCAGGCAGUACUGGCAAACCCAAGGGUCUGGUUCAUUCCCAAGCUGGUUACUUGCUGUUUGCUGCUCUCACACACAAGUACGUGUUCGACUACCAGGACAGGGACAUCUUUGGUUGUGUGGCAGACAUUGGCUGGAUCACGGGGCACACCUAUGUGGUCUAUGGCCCCCUCUGCAACGGUGGCACCACAGUCCUUUUUGAGAGCACUCCUGUCCAUCCUAACCCUGGCCGCUACUGGGAAACAGUGGAGAGGUUAAAAAUUAACCAGUUCUAUGGGGCGCCCACCGCCAUCCGCCUGCUCCUGAGAUACGGUGAUGAAUGGGUGAAGCAGUAUGACCGCUCUUCUCUCAAAGUGCUUGGCUCAGUGGGGGAGCCCAUCAACAAGGAGGCGUGGGAGUGGUACUUCCGUGUAGUCGGCGAGACACGGUGCCCAGUAGUGGACACAUGGUGGCAAACUGAAACAGGAGGCAUCUGUAUCUCACCCCGUCCUUCUAAUCCUGGAGCCGAAAUCCUUCCAGGCAUGGCUAUGAGACCCUUUUUUGGGAUCAGUCCCUCCCUCCUGGACGACAAGGGAAAUGUCCUUCUGGAAAACAACGUCUCUGGAGCCCUUUGCAUCUCGCAAGCCUGGCCAGGUAUGGCACGAACAAUAUACAAUGACCACAAGAGAUUUCUGGAAACCUAUCUGACUCCUUAUCCAGGGUUUUUCUUCACUGGGGAUGGCGUGUAUCGUACCAGUGAGGGCUACUACCAGCUGACAGGACGGCUGGACGACAUCAUUAACAUCAGCGGACACCGGCUGGGCACUGCAGAGGUGGAGGAUGUUGUGAAUCACCAUGUGGCAGUGGCAGAGUCUGCUGUCAUCGGCUACCCACAUGAGAUCAAGGGAGAAGGAGCCUAUGCAUUUGUUGUGCUGAAGAAGGACAGUGGCUACACACAGGAGACUCUCACUGCUGAGCUACAGGAGCUGAUCUCAAAGAAGAUCGCCAAGUACGCGGCUCCAGAGUAUGUUCAGGUCACGCACCGGCUGCCCAAGACACGCUCAGGGAAGAUUAUGCGUCGGGUGCUAAGGAAAAUUGUGGAGGACAAAGCCAGUGAGCUUGGCGACCUAACCACCCUGGAUGACCAUGAAGCUGUGCAGCAGAUCAUAGAGGGACACAAGCACCUGAUGAAGGGGCAGAAGAGCUGCUAG